AUGCGAAGCGGUCACAUCGUUAAAGAUUGCUCGUCCAAGUCCAGAUGUCAACAGUACAAAUCGAUCACCACACCCUUUAUUCCAGCUUCGACACUUGCCAAAAACCACAACCUCAUCUACUAUAUACCUCACCAUGCCAUCUGGCAGAAUGCUGACGGUAAUCCUACACUGCGCGUUGUUUUCAACGCUUUACGGACAACUUCUUUGGGAAACUCUGUGAAUCAUGUCGUACACACCGGUCCAAAACUUCAAAGUGAUCUAGUCUCUGUGCUAACCCGUUGGCGAUUACAUCGAGUAGUCUUUAGCACUGACAUUGUGAUGAUGUAUCGCAGCAUUGAUGUGGACGAACGUGACAUCGAUCUCCAACGUAUCGCAUGGAAACGUCCUGGCGAUCGAGAGAUCACGCACUAUCAGCUUCUCACUCUUACUUACGGAAUGUCUUGCUCUCCUUAUUUGUCCAUAAGAGUUCUCAAACAACUAGCCAUCGACCAAGGAAGUGAAUACCCUGAGGCUGCCAGAUUACUCACCGAGAACACAUACGUCGAUAAUAUUUUUGCCGGUGAAGAAAAUCGACUUCGGCCAAGUUGGAAAGAGUUUGAAACAGGUGAACCGACCAGCGCUCUAGGCGUUGGCUGGGAUCCUGUUUCUGACGAAUUCCGAUUUCAACCACCUAAACUUGCGGAAUCUGACCAAAUCACCAAAAGGAUAAUUCUAGCUGGUAUAGCUCGCUUAUACGAUCCAGUUGGCUGGCUCUCUCCCAUCAUCAUCAUCGCUAAAGUGUUAAUGCAGGAUCUUUGGCGAAACCAGCAAAGUUGGGAUGACCCGCUGCCAAGUUCGUUAACUCACCGAUGGCUGACUUUCAAAAACAAUCUGUCACACAUAUCAAACAUUCGAAUUUCUCGCUGGAUCGGAACCAGUCAAGGUGACGCCCUCGAAAAUCACGGAUUCGGUGAUGCAAGUAAGACCGCGUACGCAGCUGUUAUUUACAUCUGCGUACAACGACAGGAUGGAUCACGCAUCUCACGACUACUUACUUCAAAGACUCGAGUGGCGCCUAUCAAGACACUCACCAUUCCUCGGCUGGAACUCUGCGCUGCGUUCUUGGUAGCCAAACUGUUGAAGAACGUUAUUGAUGUGUUAGCGAUCUCAAAUCCAGUGGUACACGCAUGGUCUGCUUCACAAAACGUACUAAACUGGAUCCGGACAGCAGACCCAUCUCAGUGGCCUAUUUUUGUUGCAAAUCGCGUCGCAGAAGUUCAACGAAUCCUUCCAGAGACUCCAUGGCAUUACGUCUCCACAGAAGAAAAUCCAGCUGACAUCGCCAGUCGUGGGACCGAUCCUCAAACCCUCGCCGACUCAAGCCUUUGGUGGAGCGGUCCGAAAUGGUUGUCGUUGGGUGACAAGAUAUGGACCGACUUUCCUUCAGACGAUACAAUCCUUGAGAUUGACAUUGAGAAUAAAACACAGAUACAGUCUACGUCAAUUGCUCAUCUCUUUCAAACUCCACAAUCUCUUAGCAACUUUUCAUCAUUAACGCGCCUUAAACGAGCUGAAACACAAUUAUCAGAAGUCAUUCCAGAUAAAAGUGAUCCACCACGAUUAAUUUCUAAGAACAGAACUUCCUUCAACGACUCACAACUUUGA